UCCUCCCCCCCUCCUUUCCUUCUCCUCCUCCUCCCCUCCUUUCCCGGUGCCGCGGCUUUUUGCUGCUUUUCCGAUUUUUUUUUUAUUUUUAUUUUUUUUGCCUGUCUUCGCCCUCCCCUCUCUCCUCGCCGGAGCUCGGUGCCGGCAGCAAGGGGCAGAGGCGGGGAUGGGGUCGCCCGGAGCCCCCAGCCCGCCCGGCCGCCUCGCUCCGCAUCCCCGCCCCGGCCGGGGGCACCCGGGGGCUCUGCCCCGCCGCCAGCCUCGGCUCCUGCCCUGAACCCCCUUGGCCCGUUUUUUCGGGGGACGAGAAGCGGGGUCCGUCCCCUCGCACUUUGCUUCCCCUCCCCUUUUUCCUUUUUUUUUUUUUUUCCCCCCUUUUUUUCCUUCCCCCUCCCCAGCCCUCUCGUCUUCUCCUCGGGGGCAUCUCCGCAGCCAUGGGGCUGCUCCGGGGGGGCCCUCGCGGGGCGGGCGAGCGGCUGUAACCCCCGGGGGGGGGGACACACGGAGAAGGGCUCGGGCAGGGGGUGGGAGAUGGCCCCCCGGAGCCGCGGGCGGCUGGAGCGGAGCUACGUGGUGGGCAUCUGCUGCCUGGUGCUGCUGGAGCCCGGCCGGGCGUGGGGCGCUGAGCCCAGCCCGGGGGGGCCCGGGGAAAGAGGCAGCAACGGGAGCCAGGCACCGGCGGUGGAGGACGUGGCCCCCGCGCCCACCGAGCCCAGCCCGGGAGGGGACCGCUGCCGGGGCUACUACGACGUGAUGGGGCAGUGGGACCCGCCGUUCAACUGCAACGCCGGCAUCUACCAGUACUGCUGCGGGACCUGCGGGUACCGCUUCUGCUGCCAGUUCAAGCCCGGGCGGCUGGACCAGAGCGGCUGCUCCAACUACGACACCCCCAACUGGGUGAACACGGGCCAGCCCCCCGCACGGGUGGACGAGCCCCCCGAGGACCCCGCGCGGGACAGGACCAACAUGAUCGUCUACAUCAUCUGCGGCGUGGUGGCCGUCAUGGUGCUGGUGGGCAUCUUCACCAAGCUGGGCCUGGAGAAGGCGCAGGGCCCCCAGACGGAGAUGACCGUCUCCAGGACGCUCACCGACCUGCUGAAGCAGCCGGGCCACGGCCCCUCCGAGUACAUCGACGGCCUCAUGGGCAGCGUGCAGGUGCAGCUGGGCGAGGGGCUCACCCGGGGGUCCCCCAGGAGCAGCGCAGACAAGCUGCCCCUGAACAACGCGGUGGCCAGUGCCAGCGUCCCCCCGCUGGGGCGGCCCCACAGCCACGGCAAGCACCUGCCGCUGGCGGGCAGCCUGCCCCCCACGGCUCCCGGCUACAGCGCCUACGCCACGCUCACGGCUGGAGAGAGCAUCCCCGAGGAUUUCUACAGGCAUUUCGGGGGGCCGGAGGUGCCUCCCCCCAGCACCCUGCCCUUCCCACACGCCGAGGGGCCGGUGCUGCCCGAGGGCUGCCCCCCGCUGGGGGCCACGAAGACCAAGGGCCCCCCUAAGCCAUCGGGGGGCUGGGAGGGGGGCCCUCAGCGUGGCCCCCGCCGGCCGGGCCCCGCCACCCCGCUGUAUGGGCAGACCUCACGGCACCUCGCCACCAACAGCAAGACCGAGGUCACCGUCUGACAGCAGCCCGCGAGGAGGUGAUGAGUUGCAGCCGGUCUCAGCCCACCACGAGGACGGGCAAUGGACUUCACGCAGCGGCACGGUGCUGCCCACGGAC